AUGAUUCAGUGACUCAAAAGUGUCCUCAGUUGUUUACUCGUUUCAGUGUCUUGCCUGAGACAGCAGUGUGGGUUUAGUUCAGCUGCCUACAGCAGCUCCCAAAAUAACGUAUUUCGUUUAUUAAUGUGAUUGAUUAUUAUUUAAUUCGCAGAUUGAGGUUAAGUAAUUUAUUAUUGUCGGGCCUGUAUUGAAUGGCUUUCAGUGCGUUAACGUUAGCUCUCAGCUAGCGCUAAGCUUCCAGCGCUUCUCAAAUUCAACAGAUUCAGUUCGUCAAAAACACAACAACACUCAAACAUGUCGUGUACGUGUGCGUCAGCAGCGAGAAAUCUCAUAAAUUCAGCUCAUAAAGGAAUAUCCGGCUCCAGAAUCCAGUUACUGUCACUGAGCCGCCGGGGGACUCUUGAGGUUCGUCUGGGGCACCGCGUCCCCGUGAGGUCGUUCUCCGAGACGACUGUGUAUUAUGCUUCAAAAGAUGGGAUGAAAGAUGGAGAUGGUGGAAAGAAAUCAGUUGGUGAAGGAAGUGGUAAAAGAAGCAGCUCUAGUAAUUCCGGCAAAGGAGGAAGUCAGCUGAGAUGCCCCAAAUGUGGAGAUCCUUGCACACAUGUAGAAACAUUUGUUUGUGAGUACUUCAUUUCAUAUAAUAUUUUAGUUGACACUAAGAAGAGUUUGAGUAAAGACCCAGAGUCUGCAGCGGAAGCGGUCAAGUUGGCUUUCCAGCAGAAACCCCCUCCGCCACCUAAAAAGAUCUAUGCUUAUCUUGAUAAGUAUGUUGUGGGUCAGGAUCAUGCUAAGAAGGUUCUGUCGGUGGCCGUGUACAAUCAUUAUAAACGCAUCUACAACAACAUGCCGGCAGGCUCCAGGCAGCAGCAGGUGGAGGUGGAGAAACAGGCCUCCCUCACUCCUCGAGAGCUAGAGCUAAGACGACGGGAGGAUGAAUACAGGUUUACAAAGCUGCUGCAGAUCGCAGGGAUCAGUCCUCAUGGAAACGCUCUGGGCGCCUCCAUGCAGCAGCAGCUGAACCAGCAGGCGCCUCCAGAGAAGAGAGGAGGAGAAGUACUGGACUCCACACACGCUGACAUCAAACUAGAGAAGAGCAACAUAGUGCUGCUGGGCCCCACCGGCUCAGGGAAAACACUUCUGGCCCAAACGCUGGCCAAAUGCCUGGAUGUUCCCUUUGCGAUCUGUGACUGCACCACCCUCACUCAGGCAGGUUACGUGGGAGAGGACAUAGAGUCAGUCAUCGCAAAGCUACUGCAGGACGCCAACUAUGUGAUUGAGAAAGCUCAACAAGGUAUCGUGUUUUUGGACGAAGUAGACAAGAUCGGUAGCGUUCCUGGGAUCCAUCAGCUAAGGGAUGUGGGAGGAGAGGGAGUGCAGCAGGGUUUACUGAAGCUACUGGAAGGCACUAUUGUUAAUGUUCCUGAGAAGAACACGAGGAAACUGAGAGGUGAAACUGUCCAAGUUGACACCACCAACAUCCUGUUUGUAGCAUCUGGAGCGUUUAAUGGCCUUGAUCGUAUCAUCAGCAGGAGAAAGAAUGAGAAGUACCUUGGGUUUGGAACACCGUCUAAUAUGGGGAAAGGUCGACGGGCGGCGGCAGCGGCUGACCUGGCUAACACCACGGGUGGAGAGGUGGCUGCGGUGGCCGAGAUCGAGGAGAAGGACCGGCUUCUGAAACACGUGGAGGCCAGAGACCUCAUUGAGUUCGGCAUGAUUCCUGAGUUUGUGGGCCGUCUUCCUGUUGUGGUUCCACUGCACAGUCUUGAUGAGGAGACACUGGUGCGGAUCCUCACAGAGCCACGCAAUGCUGUUGUGCCUCAGUAUCAGACCCUCUUCAGCAUGGACAAGUGUGAUCUCAACAUGACACCUGAUGCCCUGAGAGCGAUUGCCAGACUGGCUCUGGAGCGUAAAACCGGAGCACGUGGGCUUAGAUCCAUAAUGGAAAAACUGCUGCUAGAUCCCAUGUUUGAGGUGCCACAUUCAGAUAUUGUGGCCGUGGAAGUGAACAAGGAAGUAGUUGAAGGAAAAGCACAACCUCAGUACAUAAGAGCUGCAGCUAAAGACUCUUCUGAGGAGGAGUACGACUCUGGAAUCGAAGAGGAAAACUGGACAAGACAGGCUGAUGCCGCCAAGAACUAAAAACUACAAACCCGGUUUAUAGUCAAGACUUUUCUUUAGUUGAUUGUUUGCCUCCUUGGUUCUCCUAAGGGUCCAUUUCUCACUGUAUGCUUGUGAUGACUUGUUACUCACUUUGGAAAAUCUUAUUCCUCGAAAAUAUCCCAAAUCUACUCUCACUUAGAGAAAUUGGUUUAAAGUCAAACAAAUUCUCCCCUGACACUUUCCUAGUAAAGAGAUUGUUAACAGUAUGUGAAAUGUAAAGAUAAUUUUAUUUUAUUCUUAUUAACUUGAUCUUGGAAGUGAUUUUAUGAACCGUUUGAUUCGGACUCCAAACAGAAAGUGAAGAGGGCUUGUACCAAUGUAUGUUUGACUUCAGAUUCCCUAUGUCUCUCUUUGCCCUGCUUGGAAUAAAAUUACACAUUUGUGUCACACUGGUCAUGUACUGAUUAUAUUGAUAUAAAUAGAGUUCCUUAUAAAGCUAUAUCGGAUCACUUUCAUAAAAUAUCCCAAUAUGCCCAUGGUAAAUCAGUUUUUGUAGCUGACACACAUGUAUAAUAAUUAGAAACCCAUCUGAAUAUGUAUUUUAUUAAGGUCUGUUUAAUUUAAUU